AUGGGAUCAAAUUCAUCACAACCACCAGCAGAAUUAAGCGAAGAAGAUGUCGAAUUCAUUUCAAGUAAAGCAAAAAUCGACCACGAAAGUGUUAAAGUUUGGUAUGAAAAGCUCAAGGCAGCGUGUCCUAACGGCAAAAUUUCCAAAGCUGAUACAGUGAGUUUCUUGCGUAGUAUCAAUAGUGGGAAAGAGGAUCAAAUUGAAAAACAAGCAACUGAUAUUCACAAAGCGUUCGAUGCAAACAAUGACGGCAUUGUUGAUCAACGCGAGUUUUUAAUUGGCUUUGCAUUGACAUCAACGGGUAGCGUUCGUGAAAAGUUAAAAUACGUUUUCCGAACGUACGAUCACGAUAAAGAUGGUGUGAUCAAUAAAAAGGAAAUCGAUCGAAUGGUCAAAAUUGCCAUGAGUCUUCACGCGAAAGAUGAUCCCGAAAAUACCACACGUGUUAUUGAAGAAUUGAAACGCUCACUUGAAAACUUGCACCAAGGCAAAGAUUUGGACGAUAUCAAAAUCACCUCCAAAGAGUUUAUUCAACUCUUAAUGGAGAACAAAGAAUUGUGUGAACUAGUUUCACCGUUCAAUAUUGAUCAACCGAGAGAACCCGUUGUUCAACAACCUCAUACGCAGUCAAAAUAA